UUUAUAACAAAAUCAGCAGAGUCAAGCUGAAGUGAUUCCUCUGAGGACGAAGAAGGAGAUAAUGGUGGUGUUUGGUGGCGGGAAUGGUGUGGGUCAGAUGAUGGGACUUGGCGGAAAGGGCGGUGUGGGUCAGAUUCUGGCGGCCGUGGCGGCGGCUCUCUUGCUCCGCCUGUUCUCCGCCCCCGGUCCUGCUCUCUUGCCGGCGAACGAGGCGGACGACGACGACAGAGAAUUCGAUGGAGGCAGCGGCGAUGCUCCGGUCUCCGAGAAAGUAUCUCCGGUGACUAUCCGGUGGAGCAACAUCACCUGUUCCUUCUCCAAUAAAUCCUCCAAAGCUGUGCGGUUUUUGCUGAAAAAUGUAACUGGUGAGGCGAAACCAGGAAGAUUGCUUGCAAUAAUGGGGCCAUCAGGAUCAGGGAAGACAACUCUACUCAAUGUGUUGGCAGGCCAAAUAGUUGCUUCACCCCGGUUACAUUUAUCGGGCCUUUUGGAGAUCAAUGGACGACCAAUUUCAAACAGAAGUUAUAAAUUUGCUUAUGUGAGACAAGAAGACCUUUUUUUCUCACAGUUGACUGUUCGAGAGACAUUGUCUCUUGCUGCGGAACUCCAACUUCAGGAGAUAUCUUCCGUGGAAGAGAGAGAUGAAUAUGUGAACAAACUCUUGUUCAAACUAGGCUUGGUCAGUUGUGCUGAUUCCCGUGUUGGGGAUGCAAAAGUCCGUGGAAUCAGUGGCGGUGAAAAGAAGCGUUUGUCUUUGGCAUGUGAACUUAUAGCUAGCCCAUCUGUCAUAUUUGCUGAUGAACCUACAACUGGUCUUGAUGCCUUCCAGGCAGAGAAGGUGAUGGAAACACUCCAACAACUUGCACAGGAUGGACAUACUGUAAUCUGUUCCAUACACCAGCCCCGAGGCUCAGUGUAUGUGAAAUUUGACGACAUUGUGUUGCUGACAGAAGGUGCACUUGUUUAUGCCGGUCCUGCACGUGAUGAACCAUUGGCAUACUUCUCAAAAUUUGGGUAUCGUUGCCCAGAGCAUGUUAAUCCUGCUGAAUUUUUGGCUGAUCUAAUAUCCAUUGACUAUAGUUCUGCUGAAAGUGUCUACUCUUCCCAGAAAAGGAUAGAUGGUCUUGUUGAGUCAUUCUUACAACAAACAUCAUCAAUCCUAUACGCAACUCCUCUUGUGAGAAGGGAGACUUCUAAGAACAGCAUGAAUUUGAGGAAGAAAACUAUUGUCAAAAAGAAAGGUGGUUGGUGGAGGCAGUUCUGGCUGCUUCUCAAACGUGCAUGGAUGCAGGCUUCUCGCGAUGGGCCUACAAACAAAGUUCGGGCAAGGAUGUCAAUUGCAUCAGCUAUUAUUUUUGGGUCUGUUUUCUGGAGGAUGGGAAAAUCUCAGUCUUCAAUACAGGACAGAAUGGGAUUGCUUCAGGUUGCUGCUAUAAAUACUGCAAUGGCUUCCCUCACAAAGACAGGGGGUGUGUUUCCCAAGGAACGUGCAAUUGUUGAUAGAGAGCGUGCAAAAGGGUCUUAUGCAUUAGGUCCAUAUCUGCUUUCUAAGUUGCUUGCUGAGAUCCCCGUUGGAGCAGCAUUUCCGUUACUAUUUGGAACCAUUCUAUACCCCAUGGCUCGUCUUCAUCCAACAUUUUCCAGGUUUGGAAAGUUUUGCGGAAUCAUAACAGUGGAGUCCUUUGCUGCAUCUGCAAUGGGCCUAACUGUGGGGGCUAUGGUUCCAACCACUGAAGCAGCAAUGGCCUUAGGGCCAUCUCUUAUGACAGUUUUUAUUGUGUUUGGAGGCUAUUAUGUCAGUGCAGAGAACACGCCGAUUAUCUUUCGCUGGAUUCCACGUGUUUCUCUGAUAAGAUGGGCAUUUCAAGGGCUUUGCAUUAAUGAAUUUAGUGGCCUUCAAUUUGAUCAUCAGAACUCGUUUGAUAUACAAUCUGGAGAACAGGCACUUGAGCGGCUCUCUUUUGGAGGAAGUCGCAUCCGUGAUACAGUGAUGGCUCAAAGUAGAAUACUGUUGUUUUGGUACUACACCACUUAUCUUCUCCUCGAGAAAAAUAAGCCUAAAUACCAGCAGCUUGAGCCGCUGCCUCUUGAUCAAAUCAAACCACGGCUUCAGCUUGAGCUUCUUGAUAGUGAUUCUGUGAAACCAACCCAGCAGCCUGAACUGCCGCUUCCCAUGCAAGACCAAGGUAAAUCUAGUGUGCGGUUUGAAUCUCCCGCCCUUGACCAACUUAAACCAUUUAUCCUAGAAGGUGCUUAAUCUGGAGGAGAUGCCUAUGCAAUAAAGGGAGCCCCCUUGCUAUUCUGAGUCAAAUGAGCUAUUUUAGAAAAACAUGGUGUAGUAAUAUUGAUGGUUAUUGUAUGUAUCUAUAUAACUCAUUAGCUUAGAAAUCCUUUCUGAUGGGCUCUACUUAUUAUGGAUGAUUUGCUAAGGCUAAGGCAUAAAUAUAAUAAAUUGAGGACGAGUUUCAACAUCA